AAUAACUACUUUUUCAAUAUUUUAAAAGGAAAAUGCUAAGAGUUGUUGCUCCCAAAAUAAAUAAAUAGCACUACCAAAUCAAAAAAUGGUAUCUCAACAAAAAGUCAAAGAGGGGUUUAUUGAGUGGAUUCUUAUACAAAAAUAGUAUUAUCAUCAUUCAUCACAUGGAGCUGGCUGCUGCUGCUGCUGCAAACGCUGUAGAGGAUAGAGACCAAAAGUUCAUAACAAAAGCUGUUGAAGAAGCAUAUAAAGGUGUUGAAUGUGGUGAUGGACGUCCAUUUGGUGCAGUCAUUGUUCGAAAUGAUGAAGUAGUUGUAAGCUGUCAUAACAUGGUUUUAAGAAACAAAGAUCCCACUGCUCAUGCUGAGGUUACUGCUAUAAGAGAGGCUUGUCAAAAGCUGGAUCAAAUUUACCUUACCGACUGUGAAAUCUAUGCUUCUUGUGAACCUUGUCCAAUGUGUUUUGGUGCCAUUAAUCUUUCAAAAAUUAAGGCAAGCAGAAUCCCCUCUUAUUUACUCUUUACACCAUGCAUUUCUGUAACCACUGUUAAAUUGAUCACAUAUUUGUCGCAUAUUCACAUCAAGCAGAGAUUGGUUUAUGGAGCCAAAGCAGAAGCUGCAGUAGCAAUUGGAUUUGACAGUUUUAUCGCCGAUGCACAGAAGGGAAGUGAUUCUCGUCAGAAGGCCCAGUUGGAGAUAAAAAAGAUAGAUGGUAAUGCUGCUGCAAUUUCAGAACAAGUAUUUGAGAAAACAAAGGGAAAGUACAUUCUUUACUGAUUUGGUUAACCAUCUUAGUAAAAGAGAAUACAAGUUACAAUUGUUCAGGAAAAUGCAAUUUCCUAUCAGAAGUCUAUAAAACCUGUUUCUAUCAAUUCGCAUAUUUAUUUUGUUAUACAUCUCUUAAUUCUUCGGCUUGGACGUAAUGGUAGAGCAAGUGAAGUAUCAGCAGCCUAGCUAAUAUGUGUUCCUCGUCAUUAAUAUUUUUAUCGCGGUAAAUAUGGGCUCACGGGAAAAUUGAUGACUGCAAUAAAGAUGCACUUGCUAUGCUAGUACCACCGUUUCCUUUUUA